AUGGAGUUACUCUUCCCAGAAAUUAACGUUGUGGCUGACUGGACUAAAAGAACUACUGACCAUGUGUAUCAUAAAUGUAUACUUCUAAAAUUAAGACUCUUUCUCUUCUGGAUUUGUUCUUUAAGUAGUCUUUUCUUUAUGGCAAGGAUUUUGGAUAGAGGGAUUGAGCAAGACGGAGGAAUAAAAGUGACAGUGGAAAUGCUCAUGGCUGUAUUUGGAAUGAUGAUCUUUACUCUAGAUGUUAUUCUUAUUUCUAUCAGAGGUAUAUUUCUCUGCUAUUUGGGUUCAAGAGAGAGCAAUUAUGAUAUAUUACUCCAAAGCUUGAUGGAUCCAAUAAUCUUACUGACAUGGCUUGCUUAUCAAAUCUUAUUAAGAAGGAAUAAUUUUCAGACUGAUGAAACCCAAGAACUACAAAAGGAUGAUUUUAACUGGAUGCUAACACUUCAACUGCCAAGAAUUAUAGAUUCAGUUAUUUUAGGUGUUAAAGCUUGCAUUGCAAAAUAUUUUAGAGAGGAUAUGUACCAAAGACAGCACACAGAGAGUUUGCUUAUCAAUCGCAGAGAAAGCUAUGGCAGCAGCCUGGAUUCUUUCGUGGAAGAGCCCUUUUUGUUGCGAAAUAAUCAUCGAGAAUCUGUUGAAUUGGAAAGUUCGAAUGUUUUGAGUAUUUCUGAUUAUGAAAUACCAAGUCUACCAAGUUUACCAAGUUGGGAUUUUCCUGAUUCUAUGUCAGCUCACAACACUGAAGAGAUACCUUUAGAUAAGCUGAAAAGGUCUAAAUAUGAAGAUUUAAUGUGCAAGCUAGAUUACAAAGACUGUUCAGUUUGAUUGUGCCCAUUUAUCAAAGAUCCUGAUCACCUUCUUAUUGUUCUUCCUUGUAAUGCGAAAAGUAGCAAAAUUCAUGUUUUUCAUGAAAGAUGCAUUUUAGAAUGGUUAAAAACUCGCAAAAUAUGCCCUUUAUGCCGUACCAAAAUCACAACAGCAGAUCUCUUAAGAUACAACUCCAAUGAAGAGCAUAAAGGCCAAUAAUAUCUCGAACUCUGACAAUAACAAUUCUCC